CUUUGCUUGAGAUAUUACGCAUUUAAAGUGCCGAUUUUACGGUCGUUCCUAACCGCAUUCGAGCUGUCGUUAUUUAUUGUAACCUUUUUGAAACAAAAUCAAUCUGUUGUUUAUUAUUUCUUACUGUUUUCUUUGAUAAAGUUAUUUAUUUUCGUUGUCUUCUAUGUAACGUAUCAAUGAAUUAAAAUGAAUAAUGCUCCAGAUCCAAAAGAUGUUCAGGAGUUCCUGUUUAAGCAGUUCAGUACUCGAAGGAUAUGCGAUAAUCAAGUAACAGUUUCUCCAGCGUGUAGUCUUUUAGCUGCUGAUGGAAAAAGAGGACUUCUUUAUGUAGCUUAUGAUAACAAGAUCACAGUUUUAAAAGGAGGAAGUCAUUCAGAAUUGGAACAAAAAGUGGAACAUGUUCUUCCUAACACAAUAUGUAAAAUUUCUUUGAGCUGUGAUUGUAAUUACAUAGCCGUUACAUUGCUUCGACCAGCAGCAUUCAUUUAUAAUGCAAGUUCAUUUGUAAAAAAGGAUUUAGUUUUACUCCACGAAAUUAGGUUAUCUUCAUCUAAUGAAGAUGUUAUAGUCUUUGAUCUACGAUGGAAUCCCUGUAUAUCGGGUAUGCUUUGUACAGUUGCGAGUGAUCAUACAGUAGGGAGUGUUCACGUGAAAGGAGAUCAGAAACCUACUGUGGGAAUUACUGCAUUGGAAAAAUUACAUGGUCUUGAAGCAUUAUGUGCAGCAUGGAGUCCAAAGGGCAAACAAAUUGUUAUUGGUUGUAAAAGUGGAAAUAUUGUACAAUUGAAACCUGAGUUAAAAAUUGUUAGAACGAUCAGUGGUCCAGUUCCUAAUAUUGGUGGAAUUAUUGCUAUUUUGUGGAUUAGCAACUAUCAAUUUUGUGCUGCUUUUUUGGAUCCCAACGAUUUGCGGAUAAAUGUCUUAAUCAUUGAUGCUCCAAAGGGUGAAACAACCGCAAAAUUUACGUGUUAUGAAGACAUCACUUAUGGAUUACCAGAAAUUGACAACGGGGGAUCCAGUCCUCGUUAUUAUUUUGAUUAUGUAGCAGAAUGGGGGUUAAUCAUUGCGGCGAGUAGUAAUAGCAGUGAAAUAGCUAUUUUGGGAUCUCCAAAUGGUGGACUUCUAUGGGAACAGUGGUAUUUGGUAGACAGUGGCCGAGCUCAAUUACCUCUUAUUCGCACCAGUGAAAGUUAUCCAGUAGGAAUAAGUGUGGAUAGAUCAAGCACUCAGAAGCUACCAUGGGGUACCGAUAGUACGUUACCCAAUGCUGUGCCUGUUCUUCACAUCUUCAGUACAUCUGGACAAUUAUGUAGCUUCCACAUGGUAAAUUUGACACAAAACUGCCCAGCAAUUUGCUCUCCUCCAAUUGAAGCAGUUUCACUUCCAGAACAUUUAGAAAUAACAAAUUCAAUACCUUCAGAAAUUUCAUUUAACAUAAAUAGUGGAUCAACAAGUACACCGAGACCAAAACAGGCAGAUGUCAUAGAGAGGCCGAAAACUGUUCCAAAUGUAAAUCUCUUUGGAAGCAAUAUAAAAAAUACUGCCCCACCUCCACCCCCCAUUACUAUACCCGAAGUGAAACCAUUGCAGCCACGAAUAGAGAAAACAGAAACACCACAAUUGCCAGAAGUCAAACCUCCACCUGUAAAGGAAGUGACUCAAUCAGAAAAACCACUUAUCGAUUACAGUAUAUGUAUACGUGCAUACGAAGAAGAACAAAUUCAAUUUGAAAAAGAAUUAAGCAGCAGAUUAGAAACCCAAGUGUUUGAAAUCGGUAAUGAUAAUGAACGAAAACAAUUAGGUGAAGUAUCUGUAGUGAUGGACCAGUUUCUAAAAGAUUUACGUGAAACCACUGACAGUUUGGCCACUGAUAUUGCUUAUUUAAAAGCACUACUUUUACAAUCAUUCGCAUGGUUGGAAGAAACCAAAUCGAAAGAAGUAGCUAAUGUUAAUGAGAGUAACCAAAGACGCAGCGAUAAUGCUAAAUUGUUGGAAUUACAACGACUUUUUUACUAUACCCAAUCACAAUUAGCCCAAGCCACUAAAGCCUUAGACAUGGAAUGGGCCGAACAUGAGAAUCAUACAAAGUUGAAGAUGAAGAUGCCAAGCUUAGAAUUUGUAUAUCAAACUCUUCUACGACAUUCUCAAAUUAUUGCAAAACAGAGAAAUAUUAUCCAACAACAAACAAGAAAGUGGAAAUCAAUUGAACGUGGGAAUAAUGUUUCAGAACUGAAUCGAUCAAUGGGAAAUUUACAGCUGACCCUACCUUCCGCGGCUACUGAUUUUACUAGUAAAGGUGGGGUAAUAGACUUACGAUGUAGAGCGAUUGCAAGCAAAACGCGUAGUUUUAGUCAAGAAAAACAAAAGAAAUUAAGAAGUCUGCUGUCUAAUUUGGUGCCAACAACCAUUAAAGCUAUCGAUCCUUCUCCAGUUCAGGAUCGAUUAGAGGCAACAUUAUCCUCAUUAGCAUCUCUCAGCCCAGUCAGUAUGGAAACAAAGAAUAAAUCUACUCGAAGCUCAAUAGAACAGAAAUCACUGCGAGAACGUUUAGAAGAAAAAACAAUCAACGAACAGAGUCCUUUGGCUUCGUUGAAUAACAUAGUUGGUAGAAUUGGCAUGCCAACCAUGAACGAUACAUCGAUACAAGCUAGGACACAAAUUAAAGUACCUUCUGUUAUUUCCACUCCAGCCUUCGCAAAUAAAAUGGUCCAACCCAAUGAAACUAAACCAAGUAUUGGCAUUUCUCCAUUAGCUGUUCAAUCUAAAUCAAAACAAAAUACUGGAAUAUUAUUUGGUCACCACUCCACCCCGAGUACCCAAGCUCCUAUUUUAGCUCAAGCUGGCACCAAUAUUGGAGCUCUUAAUUUCACAGUUCCGCCUCAAAAGCCAGGUGAAAGAUCCUCGCACAUGUUGAAGGAGAUAUUAAAAAACGAGGCUAAAACAUCAAGUGCUUCAUCUAAACCUGAAAUAAGUUUCACUUCCCAAAUGGCUUCAAAGAAUAUCGUCGUACCAUCGGUGGAGCAAAUCACAAAAACUCCAGCGCAUCCUACUACAAUAGUUUCAGCACCUCCAUCAAAACCUCAGACCUCGUUCAGUUUUGCCAAUGCCACCAGUUUAAACACAAUCAUGAAAAGUCCAACAAUGAAAAAUAUAAUAUCAGCUACCGCAAGCUCUUCGGUAGAAGUACCAACUGUAAUGAAGCUGAAAGAAUACACCUCCACGAUUUCCGCUUCCGUAAAGACGGAUCAACCGUCAGGGAAAUCCCCGGCACAAGAAGCUCUAAAUUUAAGUGGAUUGUCUCUAGGUCUUCAAUCUCCUGGAGUAACGAUGCCACAUCCAAACAAUGCAUCUGGUGAUGCAAAGCCAAUUGGCUCUCCAGAAGCUUCGACAGGGCAGAUGGCUGUAAAAAUGACUACACCACCGACGCAAGUUUUUGGAACAAAUUUCGGUUCACCGCAGACAUCUACCGGAGUACCAUCACCACCAGUAUCCAAAAUAGUCUUCAACGUGCCCUCUAAUAACUCUCCCACAAACAAUUUCCUAGCAAAUCGUCUUUUUGAUGGUACUGCAGCUCCCGCGACGUCCUUCUUCGGUAAUACUUCUCCUCAAGUAGUGACACCUCCCCAAGGGUAUCAAAAUACAGCUACGACAAGUUCAACAUCGGUUCCAUUCGGAGGGAUUGGCACCGUUUCUUCUGGAGCACCUACGUUCAAUGUCGGGUCCAUAAGUAUUUCAAAUGCAUCAGCAUUUUCUGGUUCACCUACAGCUGGAACAGCGAAUAAGCCUACCUUUGGCCAAGGUUCGGUAUUUGGUGAUCUGUUGAACAGUACCUCGAGUGCCCUGAACUUUGGUACGGCUACCUCGAUAGCACCGGCCUUUGGAAAAGCUGAUCCAUCUCUUUCGACGACCUCGCUAUUUGGAGCUGCUUUAAAAACACCAACGACGACGUCUGUCUUCGGACAGACUACCACAAGCUCGCCAUCCAACGUCUUCGGCACAGUCUCUGGAGGAGCAUCCAGCAAUGCACCUGUUUUCGGAACUACGCCUACCACUUCAGCCAAUGUAUCCAUCUUCGGCGGAACCUCCGCAAGCACGACAACCGGGUCUGUCUUCGCAGCUAACCCAACUACUACUACCACCAGUAGUUUAAUAUUUGGAGGUAACACCUACACGACUACGGCGUUCGGAACACCUGCUGGAACGCCUUCAGUUUUUGGAGCAUCUCCGCCAAAGUCCACUACAUCCGUAUUCGGAGCGCCUGCUCAAGGAUCCCCAACAAUGGUAAGUGGUGGUCCUGCUGGCACCCCAGUUAUACCAGCAGGUGGAGAAGCCUCGAUUGUUCAGGGCGCAACGUCCACGUUCGGUCAAGCUUCAACAUUUGGAGCCAAACCUGUAUUUGGAACACAAGCACCCGUUUUUGGGGCCGCGAAAUCAACAUUUGGGUCUACUGCUUUCGGAGGUAACGUGUUCGGAGGUGGCUCCACGGCGUCAAGUUUUGGAGGUCCACCUGCUAUGGGUACCAGUACUUCACCUCUAGGAGGUAAUAACAUGCCCAACGUAUUCGGCGCUACGACAGGUAGCACCACAUUUGAAUCUUUGGCUGGUCAAAGCGGUGGGCUCACUUUUGGCAGUCUGGCACAGAAAACCACAGAACCCGAAAAACCUCAGUUUUCAGGAGGGAGUUCGUUUUCGAGCUGGCGGUAACCUGAAAAGAAAUUAAUCCCUGCGUCGUGCUGCCCCUAGUUGUUGUCGAGCAGGUCGAAAAUCAAAGCUGGGCCGAAUCAUCAAUGCAUUACUUUUUUUUUUACUUGAUAUAGAGUGCUAUUUUAUCAAUUUCUAAAACUUGUAUCAAAGCGACGAAGAUAUUUCCGUUCGUUCGAUGUUUAGUCGACGAGACUUAAUAAAGAAUCGUACUAAAUACCAA